CAGUAACUGAGCUGUCUGGCUAAUGAAGGCCACCUGGAUCAGGCUUCUGAAAAGAGCCAAAGGAGGACGUCUGAAGAAUUCUGAUAUCUGUGGUUCGGCGGACUCCUACACCAGCCGUCCAUCUGAUUCAGAUGUAUCUCUGGAAGAAGAUAGGGAAGCAGUGCGGAGAGAGGCAGAGCGACAGGCCCAGGCACAGCUGGAAAAAGCAAAGUCAAAACCUGUUGCAUUUGCAGUUCGGACAAAUGUUGGGUACAGUGCAGCUCAUGAAGAUGAUGUCCCAGUCCCAGGCAUGGCCAUCUCAUUUGAGGCUAAAGAUUUUCUUCAUGUUAAAGAAAAAUUUAAUAAUGACUGGUGGAUAGGACGAUUGGUAAAAGAAGGCUGUGAAAUCGGAUUCAUACCAAGCCCAGUCAAACUAGAAAACAUGAGGCUGCAGCAUGAACAAAAGGCAAAACAAGGAAAAUUCUACUCCAGUAAAUCAGGAGGAAACUCUUCAUCCAGUUUGGGUGACAUCGUUCCUAGUUCCAGAAAAUCAACGCCUCCAUCAUCUGCUGUAGACAUAGAUGCCACUGGCUUAGAUGCAGAAGAAAAUGAUAUUCCAGCAAACCAUCGCUCCCCCAAACCCAGUGCAAACAGUGUAACAUCACCCCACUCCAAAGAGAAAAGAAUGCCCUUCUUUAAGAAGACAGAGCACAUCCCUCCCUAUGAUGUAGUGCCUUCUAUGCGACCAGUAGUUUUAGUGGGGCCUUCUCUGAAGGGAUAUGAGGUAACAGAUAUGAUGCAAAAAGCAUUAUUUGAUUUUUUAAAACAUAGAUUCGAAGGGCGUAUAUCAAUUACACGAGUCACAGCAGACAUCUCGCUUGCCAAACGCUCGGUAUUAAACAAUCCCAGUAAGCAUGCGAUCAUAGAACGGUCUAACACGAGAUCGAGCCUAGCUGAAGUUCAAAGUGAAAUUGAACGGAUUUUUGAAUUGGCCAGGACACUGCAGUUGGUAGUGCUUGAUGCUGAUACCAUUAAUCACCCAGCUCAACUGAGCAAAACCUCUCUGGCUCCCAUUAUAGUAUACGUAAAGAUUUCUUCUCCUAAGGUUUUACAGAGGUUGAUAAAAUCUCGAGGGAAAUCUCAGGCCAAACACCUUAAUGUUCAGAUGGUAGCAGCUGAUAAACUGGCACAGUGUCCACCCGAAAUGUUCGAUGUAAUUCUUGAUGAGAACCAGCUUGAAGAUGCCUGUGAGCACCUUGCUGACUAUCUGGAAGCCUACUGGAAGGCCACACAUCCACCUAGCAGCAAUCCUCCUAACCAGCUUCUCACUCGCACACUUGCAACAGCCACUCUUCCUAUUAGCCCGGGUCCAAAUAUUAAUUUACAGCAGGGAUCUCAAGGAGACCAGAGGAAUGACCAUUCGGUCCCUGAGCGCAGCGGUUCCCACACUGAAGAGGAAGCAAGGGUCGAACCCAUCAAGAAAUCCCAGCACCGCUCUUCCUCCAGCCAGCACCACAACCAUCGCAGUGGUGUCAGAGGCCUUCACAGGCAAGAAACUUUUGACUCAGAAACACAAGACAGCAGAGAUUCAGCUUACGUAGAGCCAAAGGAGGACUACUCACAUGAGCAUGGUGACCACUAUGAUUCUCACAGGGAUCAUAAUCACAGAGACGAGUCCCAUGGGAUCAGUGAACACAGACACAGAGAGUCCCGGCAUCGCUCAAAGGAGAGGGACCGCGAGCAGGACCACAAUGAAUGCAACAAACAGCGCAGUCGUCAUAAAUCAAGGGACCAAUAUUGUGACAAGGAUGGGGAAGCGAUAUCGAAAAAACGUAACGAUGCAGGAGAGUGGAACAGGGAUGUUUACAUCCGUCAGUAACUUUUGCCUCUGGCCGUCUUGUGUUUCUUUGAAGUCUUGUAACAAUGCCCCUUGAAAAUAUCUUGGGUUCUUCUUUGCAGAACAUAUGGUAUCCUUCUGUAUGCUGAUUUGUAUUGCUGUUGCUUGCAUAGCAAUAGCAUGAAAUAGAAUAUUCAUAUACUUAUUUUUUUGGUUAGUGCUAUAUGAAUUAGUGUAGUACAACUGAAGAGUUUCUGAUGUUGUACUAUGACAUUUUUCAAGCUGUUUUUGGUAGCUGCCACUUGAACAAUAUCUGUUGCCAUCAAGGUGUUGUUAGUGUUUUUUAAAAAAAAGAUACAUUUGAUGUUUAAUAACUUCCCAUGUAUUCAGCAAGCCAGGAUCAGCACAUAAAAAAAUCUAAAACUUUUUGUCUGCUCUGAUUUUUAAUUUGUAUGCACUUGAUUUGCAUAUUGAUUUAAGCACCACUCUGUUGCUUGUACCUCUGGUGGUCUCCGUAUGAAGACAGAAUUCAGUCUUGCCUUACACACAGGGGAUCAUGGAGUCAAAAUCUAUUUUCUAUGUACUGGUACUGUGUACUGUAUAUACAGUUUAUAAAUGUUAUUUCUGCAGACACCUUCUUACUAUAUAAGUUUGAUCACACUGUUUUAGAGUCCUAAUGCCAAGUCAGCAGAUUUGCUUUUGAAUUACUGGCAACUGGAACUAGCCUCACUUAGGAAAUCUGUAACAGUGUUCAAUCUAAAUACUUUUUCUUCUGUAGCAGAAAGCUUAUACUUAUUGUAAAUAUGGAUGAGUGCUUGAGAUAAAGGGUGUAACUCUUAUACCUUACGCUGUCCUUGCAAACCAAAUUUUGCAUUUUAAAGUUACAGUAAAGAUAAUGAACUUACCACUAUAAAUUAUUAUUCUCUGUUCAGGUCACAAUAUUGCAAUGGGCACAGCUUAAUUUUUGUUCUACUGUCAGUAAACAGAGCACACAUGUUGGAGGUGUGUAUGUGAGUGGGUGGGUGGUGGAUUGAUGUUCGUGUGUAUGUGCACGUUAGGCAGCAACCUGUGAGAAUCUACUGAAGAAAACAAAGGUUACUCAAAAGCCCAAAAAGUCUAUUUCUACAUUAUGUCUCUUAAUUUAAAAAAUCCAAAUUGCAUUCAGGGAAUAUGAGGGAAUUUACUGACCCAGGUAAUUGGGAAAGCAUAAAUCUGCUGGCUCUUUGUUGAGACUUCAGGAGAGUAAAAACAGGCAAAUGUUACUUUGAGUUUCACUGGAAAUGUAAAAUCUUUGUGUUUUAGAGUAUUUGUUUUAGUAAGAAAAGUUUACACAGCUUGUGGAGAGUUAUUUUGUUGGAAAAUAAAUUUUUGUAGCUUCUCCA